AAAACUGUUUCAGUAAAUUUUUGUGUCAAUCAAUUUAAUCGACGUGGCGUGUUGUUAUUUACCUUCUUACCCUAAAAUUUAGUCUUUUUACGUUACGUAGCUAACUAUCAAAUUGAAACAAUGAGCUCUAUUCUAAAACCGGUAUCUGAAACAUUUUCUGAGAAGAAGUCAGGCGAGAUCGAGCCAUUAGAUCCACUUUUAGAAGUAAAUGAAAAUGUUCCAAGCGAGAUCUUUGAGAGGCCAUUCCAAGAAGCAGAAUAUGAGGAAAUAUCUCCACGUAUCUUCGGUUUGAAAGACAUCAGCGAACCACUAAGUAUACCAUCAUUGAAUAACGCUAUUUAUGAGCUUGGAGUUGUAAACCUUUGCUGGCCAGAAAUCAGUGAACCUGUAUUUGAGACACGUACAAGUUUUCCCAAAUCUUACUACACGAACAGCACAAAAGAACGCCUUCUUCUUGCCUACGCUGAAAACUUUCGACGUCAGUUUAGUUUUUAUUACAAAGACAAACUACGGAAGCCUCUAUUACUACAAGUUCCUAAUGAAUGUGGUUUGCAGAAAAUGGUGUGCACUUCAAUCAGACCUACGAAACUAUGUUACGCUGACACAAAUACUUGGCAAGGGAUUGCAUCGCUGGUUGCUGACUACUUUGAUUAUGAGCCCCUGACGAAACCAAUGCUGCAUGUGAGUACUUAG